GUUGGCCAGCUUCGGCCUCCCUUCGUCGGCACUCCAUGAAAGCAGGCACUUUGCUUGGGAAUUAAGGUUCAGUUACUGAAAAGCGGGUGAUUGUCGGCACGAUAAGGUGGCAGAGGCUGUGGGUCGUGAUCAUGAAGCUGGUGGUGGAGGUGGUGGACGCCUGCGAUCUUAUGCCCAAGGACGGCGAAGGCUCUGCGAACGCUUUCGUCGAGGUGGACUUCGGCGAAGGCUCUGCUUCAACGAACCUCCACGGUGAGAUCGUCAACAUUUGCGUGUACAACGAGAGAAGCCUUUCCCCGGCUGCAAUUCCCAGUUGGAGAGGAAGUGGAUUCUCUCUGCGAUCAAGGUGAAACCAGAUGCUGCGGACGAAGCGGAAUUGAUCGUAGAGACCAGGCAUCACAUAAACAAGCACCAGGCCUCAUCGAGAAGCAGAGCCCUUCCCCUGUUCCUCUGGUGCCGGCCAUGGCUUACCAACAAGUGCACUACGGGCAGAGCCAGCCGAGCCCGUCCAAGGAGUACAUCCUCAAGGACUCUAGUUCCCUCCUCGGCGAGAGGCGGCCGUACGACAGGAGCGAAGGAUGGAUAGGACUCCGCGGGGGCGGCCGGGACAAGCUCACGAGCACUUACGAUCUCGUCGAACAGAUGCAGUACCUCUACGUGCGAGUUGUCAAGGCCAAAGAUCUUCCUAAUAAUCCCAUAUCCGGCAGCUGCGACCCUUACGUCGAGGUGAAGCUGGGAAACUGCAAGGGAGCCACGAAGCACUUCGACAAGAGGAGCAGCCCGGAAUGGAACCAGGUCUUUUCCUUUUCCAAAGAGCGGAUUCAGUCGACUCAUCUCGAAGUUUACGUCAAGGACAGGGAGAUGAUGAUGGCACGGGACGAGUGCGUCGGCAACGUGGUGUUCGACCUCAAUGAGGUGCCGACGAGAGUGCCGCCGGACAGCCCGUUGGCUCCUCAGUGGUACCGGCUGGGGGACCGCAGGGGCGACGGCAAAGUGCGAGGGGAGGUGAUGCUGGCGGUGUGGAUGGGGACGCAGGCCGAUGAGGCCUUCCCGAAUGCGUGGCACGCUGAUGCGGCUGCCGUGUCGCACGGCGAGGGAGUCUCAAACAUCCGGUCGAAGGUCUACGUCUCGCCCAAGCUGUGGUACCUCCGCGUCAACGUCAUCGAAGCCCAGGACGUGGUGCCCCGCGACAGGAACCGCUUCCCGGAGCUGUUCGUGAAGGCGCAGGCCGGCAACCAGGUGCUACGAACCAGAGCUUGCCCCGCACGGUCGGUGAAUAACAAUCAGAUGUGGAACGAGGACCUCGUCUUCGUGGCGGCGGAGCCUUUCGAAGAGCACCUGGUGCUCACCGUCGAGGACCGCGUCCAUCAAGGGAAGGAUGAUUUGCUGGCGCGAACCGCUCUGCCAUUGACGCUGUUCGAGAAGAGGCUCGACCACCGACCGGUGAAUUCCCGGUGGUUCAACAUGGAGCGGCUUGGAUUUGGGGCGCUGGAGGAGUCGAGGUUCUCGACCAAGAUUCACCUCCGCGUUUGCCUCGAAGGAGCUUACCAUGUAAUGGACGAGUCCACCAUGUACAUUAGCGACACCCGACCGACGGCGCGGCAGCUAUGGAAGCAACCCAUCGGAAUUCUCGAAGUGGGCAUCCUCGGCGCCCAGGGACUGGUUCCCAUGAAGGCCAAGGACGACAGAAGCACCACCGACGCCUACUGCAUCGCCAAGUACGGCCAGAAAUGGGUCCGGACGACCACCAUCGUCGACAGCUUCAGCCCCAAAUGGAACGAGCAAUACACUUGGGAGGUGUACGACCCCUGCACCGUCAUCACCCUCGGAGUCUUCGACAACGGUCAUCUCUGGGGCGGACCGCCGGCGAGAGACAUGCGAAUCGGCAAGGUACGGAUCCGGCUGUCGACGCUAGAGAUGGACCGCAUCCAUAGGCACGCGUAUCCCCUCGUGGUUCUCCAGCCGUCAGGAUUGAAGAAGAUGGGCGAGCUGCAUCUGGCGGUGCGCUUCACGUGUUUGUCCGUCUCCAGCGUCAUCUACCUCUACGGACAGCCGCUGCUCCCCAAGAUGCACUACGUGCACCCGUUCACCGUCGGCCAAGUCGACAGCCUCCGGCACCAGGCGAUGAGCAUCGUGGCGGCGCGGCUCGGGCGGGCGGAACCGCCGCUGAGAAAGGAGACGGUGGAGUACAUGCUGGACGUGGACUCCCACAUGUGGAGCAUGAGGAGGAGCAAGGCCAACUUUUUGCGGAUCAUCUCGCUUCUCUCCGGCGCCGUCGGUGCUUUCCGAUGGCUGGGAGACGUCUGCCGCUGGAAAAGCCCCAUCACCACUCUGCUCGUCCACGUCCUGUUUCUGAUACUGCUCUGCUUCCCGGAGCUGAUACUGCCGACCGCGUUCCUCUACAUGUUCCUCAUCGGAUUGUGGAACUAUAGACGGAGGCCGAGGCAGCCGCCGGAGAUGGACGCGAAGAUGUCGUUGGCAGAGGCGAUCCACCCCGACGAGCUGGACGAGGAAUUCGACACGUUCCCGACAACGAAGCCGCACGAUCUGGUGCGUUUGAGGUACGACCGCCUGCGGAGCGUGGCGGCGAGGAUACAGACGGUGGUGGGGGACAUGGCGACGCAGGGGGAGAGGUUUCGGUCGUUGCUGAGCUGGAGGGAUCCGAGGGCCACUGGCCUGUUCCUGGUGGUCUGCCUGGCUGCGGCGGUGCUGUUAUACGUGACACCGUUCCAGGUGGUGGCGCUGUUGGUGGGCCUGUACGUGCUGCGCCACCCCAGGUUCCGGAGCAAGCAACCGUCGGUGCCAAGCAAUUUCUUCAAGAGGCUCCCGUCGCGGAUCGACAGCAUGCUCUGAGACACGAGGCAUCUUUUUUUUUCUUCUUCUUCUUCUCUCGAAUUAAUAAUGUUUGGUGUGAGAAAAUUAUUCUGUGUUUUCACAAAAACUCAUGCAAAUUGGUGAAUGCAACUAAAUGAUCUGUUUAAAAUAAAUUAUUCUGUGUAACUAGUAUUAAGACGUAAUAAAUCCUUUUUUUUUAUUGAUUA